AUGCUCAUUUACAACAAUUGUCAAGAUUUCAUUGUAGACUUCCGCAAGCACGGUGCUCUUGAUAGCCAACUCCCGCUGAGAGAAGACGAUGCGAUGAAAAUUAUGAAACGACCUAUUGCCCGCCGCAUUGCCCGUGAGUUCCAAUGGGGGUUUUGCCCCUAUACCUUCCCGGAGAAUAUGUCGGCGUGUCAUUGCAAUAUCGAGCAGAAUAUGAUCCUUCCCUUUAUCGACGCUAAGCAUAUCGGCUCUGGUGCAUUCGGUGAUGUGGAUAAGAUGACUAUCUCACCAUCGCAGCAGAAUUUUGACAGAGAAGCCAAAACUGUACAAGUGGUGCGGAAACGACUUAAAGCGACAGGCGAGACAGAAGAGUUUAAAAGAGAAGACACAUGUUUACGACUCCUCAACCAGCUAAACCAUCCCAACAUCAUUCCUCUACUGGGCUCUUACACGUAUCUUGACGAGCAUAACUUCCUCUUUCCGUAUUUUGACAUGGAUCUCGGCUCAUUUCUAAAGGCUAAAACCCGCCAUCAAGAUUUCCAAUGGGACUCUACUUUCUACUCGGCCCUCACAGGACUCGCGUCGGCGCUGUCGAGUACGCACCAUCUUAUACUCAACCAGGAACACCACGACAUCGAUUUCGAGGCAAUCGGCUACCAUCAUGAUCUCCGACCACCCAACGUCCUGGUUCGUUCCGAUACAUUUGUCCUAGCUGACUUCGGACUGGGGAGGCUAAAGCAGGUAGAGGAUCCGUCGCACACGCCAUACAAAUGGACUAGUGGGGAUUAUGUCGCCCCCGAAAACACGGACGGGCAAGAAAACCCACAAACUGCCAAUCGAGCCACCGACGUGUGGGCUUUUGGCUGUCUUCUCGCCGAGGUUGUCACUUAUAUGCUGACCGAGGCAGAGGGGUUGGAAAGGUUCCGCCAGAAUCGACUCACACCGGGGCGGCUUCAUCACUGGAAGGACUCUAGAUUCUAUCAGCCUGAUGGUCAUGUCAAGAAAGAAGUCAUCGAUUGGAUGGAGGCGCUAAAAAGCGAUAAUCCACAUCCAGAUUGUGCUCCCCUGCUUGUUGAGUUAGCUCUUGACGUUCUUCAAGCUGAUCCGCAACAUCGGCCUGACAUGAGGACUAUCUACCAGCGCUUGAAACUUGUGAAUAUGAAAAAGCACUUUCAUACUGUUCAAGAUAAACUUCGUGAGAUUCGGGGUUCGGUAGAAACAUCUGAGCCACAUUUUCGGCACCAUCUGGGAAGUCUCCGAUACGCGCAGGAACGGUUCGAGUUAUGGGGCAACACUCUUACUCUGGGUGAAAGUAAAAUUUCCGUGUCCGCCCAAGAGCAGUCGGAGAGAUAUGUUGAGAUUAUGAAGGAGUUACUUCAGACACUAAGAGAAGAGCCAGGGAGGCGGCACUUGGGGGAUGAAUCUGUCCUGCUUCCCUUUGCAUCCCUGAUAAUCCAACCCGUCGAAGAGCUCUGGAAAUUAUUGCCGACUCGUCUUCUGCAAUCUGCCGAGAAUCAAUGGGAACAGAAAGUUAUGGAGAGUGGCUUUCUACCAGCCGCCAGUAUGGCUAAUCUCGUCAAUCCCCUUAAGUCCGAAUUCGAAGAAGAGGCACGAAAGUUCAAAGACAGCCUUGACGAUGCCGUGCCUUUUAGCGAGAUCCUCAAGGUGAAAUCCAUCAACGAUGUAUACGACAUCACAGACAAAAUUCAACGUAAUGGGCUCCGAAAUCUACCGGAAAUUCGGAUAUAUUUGCAGCGGCUGAGUGGCUAUGCUGACCUGGUCAAUGAUAUCAUUGAUGGGAGUGACGAUGUUUUGGUGCUCCUCUGGGGAUCGAUCGCAAUCUUGUUACAGUUAGCGGAACCACUGGAUAAGGCUUUCGACUCACUCCUUAGCACCAUUGCCGAAGUAGGGAAAGCAUUGCCCGACUUUGGAGUCUCCGCGUCGAUAUUCAACCAAAACAUGGAGGCCAAGGAAAUUCUGAUCUUAUUUUUCAAAGAUUUACUCAACUUCUAUGGUGCUGCCUUGAAGUUUUUCAGUCACCCCAGCAAGACAGUCCUUUCCAGCGCAAUUAUCGACCAGUUAAGGGACAUCCAAGGGACCAAGACGGCCUUUGCAUUCUUAACAUACCAGGAAGCUAAGACUUCAGCGAUUUCGACAAUCCACUCCCUUGUAUUCCAGCUAGCAGAAAGAGAUGAGGAUCUCAUGGCUAUCGUUUGCGAAUCAAUAGACGAAAGCCUAAGGAGCGACCUUAAUGCUGCAGCCAACCUUCUAUCCUCCCUUAUCCACUAUGCUGGCUUAGUCUAUCUCGUUAUUGACGGUGUGAAUGAGAUUAGCGAAGCAGAGCGGGGCAGACUCGUUACGGAACUUCUCAGGCUGGUCAGGGAAUGUGAAAAUCUUAGAAUUAUCCUCAGUGCUCGGCCCGAAGCUGAUCUAACUCGGUUACUGUGUGAUACAGCAGCCAUGAUCCAGAUUCACAAUCAUAAUGAAGGAAGCAUUAAUAAUUACGUCCUUCAACGCGCUCAGUACAUCUUGGGUACUCACAAUAUUCCCUUACAUAUAAAAUCCGAGAUUAGGAACCUUCUGUUGCCGUUAGCGAGUCGUGCGAAAGGCAUGUUUCUUUUUGCCCGGCUCGUUAUAUACAUGGUUGAAACUGCACAUGACAUGUCAGAACUGCAGGAAGAAUUGAAAGUUCUCCCAGAAAGCCUUGAUGAUGCGUAG